UCUCAGGGAUCCACAGAAGGCUGUGAUGGAGCUCCUGCUGCCCCUCCUGCUGCCCCUCCUGCUGGUGAUGUGCCCCCCAGCCAGCAGCAAUUGUCCCUGGAUUUGGAGGGAGAGAGGAGGAGAAGCCAGGGCAACCUUCUGGAUAUACCCCACACCCUACGUGGCUUUUCUGCUGGGGAAGGACAACCAGUCCUGUGGAGGCUUCCUGGUGGCUCCUGGCUGGGUGAUGACAGCAGCUCAGUGCCUCGUGCACAAACCUCUGACUGUCAUCCUGGGAGCCCAGGGGCUGCAAGGGGCAGAGGAGAGCAUGCAAAUCUUCCAGGUCAAGGAGUACCACAGCCACCCAGGCUUCAAGAGCCCUAAGAAGGGCAACGACAUCCUCCUGCUGAAGCUGAACGGCAAUGCCACCAGCAAUGGGCAGGUCAGGCCCAUUUCCUUUGAGAAAUCCAAAGUUCGGGGUGGCACCGAGUGCAGCGUGGCCGGCUGGGGCAACAGGACAGCCACUGUGACCAUCAUCAAGCAAAGGGACUGCCUCAGCCACUACCCAGGGCUGGCUGAAAACUUGGUCUGUGGCCGCAGCAAAUCCUCCGUGGUGCCCAUGAAGGGUGAUGCUGGGGAUCCUCUGGUCUGCAACAACAGAGCCUUUGGCAUCUUCUCCUACAGGCACAACAACUGGCCUGGCUUCUACACCCACAUUGCUCCUUACCUCCCCUGGGUCCACAGCGUCAUGAAGUCCUCGUGA